AUGAUGUUGGAUGAGUAUCGGAAACGGGCAUCGUUCUCCAUUGAACGUAUGAAAAACAUUUUCGAAGAUGAAUCAUCGCAGAUUUACCGAGAAAAACUUUGGUCAAUACUCAACUCUCAAUCGAUAUUUCACCAAGCAAAACAGCCAUUAACCAUCGAUGAAUAUAAACGAUUAACUUACCUUCGUUGUAAGGAAUUAAUACGAUUGAAUUUGUUGACCGACGAUGAACUGUAUGAAAAUCCUCGUCGGAAAAUUAUACUCGAACAAUGUUUAGCGAUGUAUGAUUCGUCAUGUCAUGCAAAAUAUUCACUUCAUACAACUGUAUUUUGUGAAACGAUACGUAAAUUGGGUACGCAAAGACACGCAUAUCUACUCGAUUUGGAAAAGAAUGAAAAAAUUUUUGGAUGUUUUGCUCUGACGGAAUUAUCUCAUGGAAGUAAUACGAAAGAAAUGAGAACUAUCGCUAUUUAUGAUCCACAAACCCAAGAAUUUGUUUUGAAUACACCGGAUAUUGAAGCAAUGAAAUUCUGGAUAGGAAAUUUGGGCUAUCAUGCAACACAUGCGAUUGUUUAUGCUCAACUUUAUACGAAGAACGUGUGUCACGGUCUUCAUUUAUUUGUUGUACCAGUUCGUGAUCCGUUGACGUAUAAAACAUUCGAUGGAGUCGAAGUUGGAGAUAUUGGUGCAAAAUGUGGAUGGAAUGGUUUAGACAACGGAUUUUUAAUCUUGCGAAAUUAUCGAAUACCAAGAGAAAAUUUAUUGAAUAAACAUGGUGAUGUAUUACCUGAUGGCACUUAUCAAACUCAAUUCAAAUCAUCGAACAAACGAUUUGGUGCAAGUCUCGGUGCUCUCUCGUCAGGUCGUGUUGGUAUUUCUAGUUUAGCCAUUGGACUGUUAAUCAAAUGUAUAACAAUCGCUGUUCGAUAUUCAUGCACGCGGAAACAAUUUGGACCGUCGUCUGGAAUCGAAAUACCGAUCAUUGAAUAUCAAACACAAAAUUGGCGUUUAGUCCCAAUAGUCGCAUCACUUUAUAUCUAUCGUUAUUUAGCCGUAUCUGUUUUCGACAAUUUAACCGAAUUUUAUGCACUGUCCAUGUCUUCGGAUGAAAGUGAUCGAGAUCUAUUGAGCGAUAUGGGAAGGGAAAUUCAUGCAUUGUCAUGUACAGCGAAAGCUUUGUGUACAUGGAAUACUCAGAAAGCAGUUCAAGAAUGUCGAGAAGCAUGUGGCGGUCAUGGAUAUUUGUAUGCAAGUGGUUUUGGUGUCAUACGCGAUGACAAUGAUCCAUCGUGUACGUUCGAAGGAGAUAAUAAUGUAUUAUUACAACAAGGAGCGAAUUAUAUUCUCUCGGUAUACGAAGAUAUUCAUCGAAAGAAUCACGUAUCGAAUUCUCCUUUUCACAGUGCUGAUUUCAUCGAAGACUUGAAAAAGAUCCUCCAAAACAAUCAAUGCUCAAUAACAUCGGAAUGUUGUAUCCAAGAUCUACUUGGUGCAUUCGAUUGGUUAUUAUGCUACGCAAUUGAUAAAUCGAUUCGAAAACUCGAACGUUUAUCACUAAUGGAGAAUCUCUCAACUUUUGAUGUGAAAAAUACUACGCAAGUUUAUCAUCUUCGAACAGUAUCAAUUCUUUACAUUCAACGCACUGCCAUUGAACGUUUUGCCAAAUUUCUUCGCGAAUCAGCUGGCAUUGACAAGCCAUGUAAAACUAUCUUGGAGAAACUAUUGCUCGUACAUAUUUUAAAAUUAUUCGAAGAGCAUUUAGCGAUUCUAUUCGAAGGGAAUUAUAUUCGAAAUACGCAUGUAAACCAAUGGAUGCAAACACGUUUAUUACAAUUAUGUGAUGAGCUACGCAAUGAAAUCGUUGCAUUGGUGGAUGUCUUUGCUCCACCUGACUACAUUCUCAAUUCAGUUUUAGGAAAUAGUGAUGGUCGAGUAUUUGUAUUUCUCCUUCUCCAGUUCCUUGAAAUCAUGGGUGAAACCAAAGAAAUCGAAAGAUCAGUGCAGAUGCGCCUGUAUGCUUUACACAAACGGCAAUUUGUCGCCGUAUUUGUACUGUUCUUUAUUUGUUUGUCCGUUGCCAUUCUCAUCGGCAUUGUUGGUCCAUCGGUUAUUCAAACAACAACCUAUAAAUCUGAAACUCCGUCUAAAGAAUUAUCGACACCAUACGAAUUACAAUCGGACUAUCUCGAUAAAUUUCAUCAACGCCUUUGGUUAACGAUGAAAUCGUCAACUGAUAUAAGUGAAGAGUUUCUUAAAACGAUCAACGUUAGUAUAUCAGUGAAUGAUCCAUCAACGAAUGCCCAAGUGUAUGUUCGUCCACGAACAAUUCAUUGUCAAAGACAGGAGAAGGAUGUUCAUGGUCGUAAGCUCAGUACUGAUAUAAAUACACGGGUUUCUUAUCAAUCAGAUUCACAUUCAGGUGAUAGUCUCUUGCCAAUACGGUACACCCAACUCUUAAAGUUUCAGAAAUAG